AUGAAAGCGGCGAGUCCGUUUGUUGCAAACAAAAUGGAAACCCAUUGCGUCGAUAACGACGAAGACAACUAUUCGGAUGCWAGUUCAUCGCUGGCUCCAAACGGCUCUGUUAUAUCGACGGUGCCUGACAGACACGGCUUCCUUGGUGGCGCCCAAUACCUUAAUGAGUCGAAACACAUGAUAUCAGCUAACAAAACCAUAGAACGUGAACGAAAAUGGCUUAAUAUGACUGCCAAUUGGGAUAAACAAAUGAUUAGGAAUUUUAAAAAAGUGCAAAACAGAUGUAGAAAAGGAAUUCCACAAUCAAUCAGACCUAGAGCUUGGUUGUACUUGACUAAAGCAAACAAAUUGUUGGACCAAAAGAAAAAUCUCUAUUUUAAGCUAUGUGACCAGCCAGGUGACCGUAAAUGGAUCGAAGAUAUAAGAAAAGAUCUACAUCGACAAUUCCCAUAUCAUGAGAUGUUUGUCGACCAAGAUGGAACAGGCCAAAAAGAGUUAUUCAAUGUUCUUAAAGCAUAUACAAUAUUAAACCCUGUAAUUGGGUAUUGUCAAGCACAAGCUCCAAUUGCUGCAUUUCUUCUCAUGCAUAUGCCAGCCGAGCAAGCGUUUUGGUGUUUUGUAGCGAUUUGUGAUGACUACCUUAGUGAUUACUACAGUCCAGGAAUGGAAACACUAAUUAGAGAUGGUAAUAUACUUUUUGCAUUAUUAAAAGAACGUGAGCCAAAAAUAUAUAAACUUUUGAAAAAGCAAAGUAUUGAUCCAAUUAUGUAUAUGACUGAAUGGUUUUUAUGUGCUUUCACAAGAACAUUGCCAUGGCCCACCUUGUUAAGGUUUUGGGAUAUAUUUUUAUUUGAUGGUGUUAAAACAUUUUUCAAAAUGGGUUUAAUAAUGAUCAAAAUAUCAUUGCCAGAAAAAUCUUAUUCUGAUCUCAAAAAACGUUUUCCUACYAUGUGUGAAACCUUAGAAGCGUUGCGAAAUCCACCAUUGCAUAUGCUUGAGGAAGAGAGAAUUAUUAAAAAGCUCAUACUGUUAGAAAUACCAGAAGAUACAUUCAAAUAUUACCAUAUGCAACAAUCCUCACUAAGACGAAAAACAAAAGAAACAAAAAAACUUCGAGAAACUGAUGUGUUUUGAAAAUUUGCAAUAACCAUUUAACAAAAGUUACCUUAAGGAAAACAGGUUAAUAAUAAGAGUAUAAUUCUGAACUAAUAUAUGAAAUUUAUAUUGAACUGGUCCUUAAUAUUAUAUAUUGACAAAAAAGAAUUUGUAUUGUUAUUUUCAGUC